AUGGCCAACGUCGACACUACAUUCGGCGAGCUGCAAACAGUUCCAUUGACACUGAUUAUUCUCGCCUUCUUGACUGCAGGCUUCAUCCUCCACUACUACAUCCUAGAGCCAUUGCUGUACGGACCUCUUUCACACAUCCCGGGCCCAAAACUCGCCAGUCUCUCGGGUCACUACCUCACAUACCACGAUAUCAGUCUUCGUCGCAACGAGACCAUCUCUCAAUGGCACCGCAAAUAUGGCCCAGUCGUCCGCAUUCGACCCAACGAGGUAACACUGGGCAACCCUACCGACUACCGCGAGAUCUACGACACCAAAUCUCGGUAUGAUAAGUCCAAGUACUUCUCGCGCUUCGCGGUGUAUGGUGAGGACAAUUUGUUCUCGACGCUGAAGUACACGGAUCACCAAGCGAUGAAGAGGCAGAUUGCAGCAGCCUUUGCAAAAAGUACCGUUGUUGCCAAGAGUGAGGCGAUGGUGAGAGAACGUGUGGAGGCGUAUCUGGAGGCAAUGAUGCUGGAGCAGAAGACUCACUCCGUGGUCGACGUCUUUGUGCUGUUUGACUGCUUCUCGCACGAUGUCAUGACCCGCUUCUUGUACGGCGAGAAGCAUGGUACUGAUACUCUACUCUCUUCACAAGAUCGUCCACUCGUCGUCAAUCUCAAGCGCAGCCAGAUCUGGACACCGCUCUGGGUAAACUUUCCAACUCUGCAUACUUACUGGCUGGGAAGGAAACUGCUGCCAAAGGAGUAUGUCAAGAAUGGAGAGUACGGCGCAGAUGUCAAACGAAGAAUUGAGAGCUUGAUGGAUGCACACGACGCUGAUAAGGGCAGCAACGAAGACGAGAUGUUUUCGUUGUACGGCCACAUGCGAAAGGGAGCGAAGCUGAAUCGCGACAAAAUGGCCAGUGAGAUGUUUGACGAGUUGAAGGCUGGGCAGAUGACGACCGCGAGUACGUUGACGUAUACCGCUUGGCGACUCUCCAGACGCACUCAGUGGCAAGACAAACUGCGAACUGAGCUACUGGCUUUGAGACCUGACGAUGACGGGAAGUUGCCCUUGGCAGAGCUUGAAACUUGUCCUGUCUUGGAAGCCGUGAUCAAGGAGACGUUGAGGCUUCAUCCCGCAGCCUCAGGACGCCAAGAGAGAGUUGUUCCACCGGGUGGGAGAACGUACUCGGGGCUCUAUGUUCCUGAGGGGACGACGGUCAUCGGACCCACGUUGGUGCUGCACCUCGAUCCAGACGUGUAUGAUGGACCCUUGGAGUGGCGGCCUGAGAGGUGGCUGGAUGCCAGCGAGGAGAAACUGAAGUCUAUGGAGUAUUCACAUGUGCCGUUCGGCCAUGGGGCGAGAGUUUGCAUUGGUCAGCAUUUGGGUAAGAGAUAUUCCUCAUUGUGA